AUGUUAUUUUCUACUCCAUUGGCUCUACUCUCUGCUCUCACUGUUACUCAAGCUGCUCCUUUGCUCGGUAGUCUGUUCCAUCCCAAUUCUACUACAUCUCACAGUGUAUCGCCAAGUGCUACUUAUUCCGCCCAUUUCCCUGCUUACACAGGUAGUUUCAACCUCACUGAAGUUCUGGAAGAACAUCAUGUGGACAUUUCAGAUUUGAAAAGCUUGAAUGUCACUCAACUUUUGGCUGAAUUGGGUAUCACCCUUCCUUCUGGUAUCAACCUUGAUUCGAUCAUUAGCGAUCUCGAAAAGCAUUCGACCAAUUUCACUGGAGGAAGCUUCUUCCAUACUAACGGAAGCCACACAUCCUCUUUCGUAAAGUCGAGCUCAAGUGCUAAACCAACACACACUGGUGGAUUCCUUGGUGGAUUAUUCGGUCAUCACGGUCACAAUCACACUUCUAGCGCUGUAUCUAGUACUAGUGCUUCUCCGUCUUCCACUUUCACCUCGUCUUCCGAGUCUUCCCUCACUCCCACUCCGAGCAUUAGCGUCUCCUUCGCGAUUCCUAGUGCCAGUGCCAGUGCUAGUAUCAGCAGUGCCUCGUCAAGCGAUAUCUUCUCGAUCGAAACCUCAUCAUUCCCUUCUGCAUCUGCUGCUCCCUCAGCCCGUGAAUCCAGUAGCGAAGUCAUCACUUCUGCAAUCUCAACUGUAACCGAUGACGAUGUUGGUCUUGCAGCUCCAACACUUAUUUCUAUCUCAUUAGGAAUCGACAAUGACAACUAA